CCGGAGCGCGAGCCCGGGGCCGGCAUGGCGGCGCGCCCGGGCUGAGGAAGGUUGGGGGCUGCGCUGCGAUUCCCCGCCCCCCUCACGAGGCCGCCUCGUCCGCACCCCCGGUGCCCGGGCCCACCGGCCCCUCGACUGUUGCGUGUUCCACACGGACCGCGGCGGGCGCGGACUGCGGCGCCCGCGAGCUCGGGGCCGGAUCGGGCCGCGUCGGGUCGGGUCGGGGUCCGGCGCGCUCCCGAGGCCUGAGGCGCGGGGUCGGGGUCGCGGGCGGGCCGGCGGCGGUUGGGCCGAGGGAGCGGAGGGCCGGCGCGGGCGCAGGCCGAGGCGGAGGCCGAGGCCGGGCGGGCGGACGGGCGGGCGGGGCGCCGCGCUCCGGGCCGCGCCAUGGCCGACGAGACCCCCAGGAAGGGCAGCUUCUCGGCGCUCGUCGGGCACACCAACGGCCUCACCAAGCCCGCGUCCCUCGCCGCGGCCGCCGUCACCUCCAAGCCCGGGGGCGGCGGCGGCUCCAAGAAGCUGGUGAUCAAGAACUUCCGAGACAGACCUAAAUUGCCUGAUAACUACACUCAAGACACCUGGCAGAAGCUUCAUGAGGCAGUGAAAGCCAUACAGAGUAGCACCUCCAUCAGAUACAACCUGGAAGAGCUGUACCAGGCUGUUGAAAAUCUUUGUUCUCACAAAGUUUCGCCAACACUCUACCAGCAGCUGCGCCAGGUCUGUGAAGCUCAUGUCCAAGCACAAAUUCUUCAGUUUCGAGAAGACUCACUAGAUAGUGUUUUGUUUUUGAAGAAGAUUAACACGUGCUGGCAGGAUCACUGCAGACAGAUGAUCAUGAUCAGAAGCAUUUUCCUGUUUCUGGAUCGCACUUACGUACUUCAGAAUUCCAUGCUUCCCUCCAUCUGGGAUAUGGGGUUAGAACUGUUCAGAAACCACAUUAUCAGUGAUAAAAUGGUUCAGACUAAAACAAUCGAUGGAAUCCUGCUGCUGAUCGGGCGGGAGCGCAGCGGGGAGGCUGCGGACCGGAGCCUGCUGCGGAGUCUGCUGAGCAUGCUCUCCGACCUGCAGGUGUAUAAAGAUUCAUUUGAAGUGAAGUUUUUGGAGGAAACUAAUUGUUUAUAUGCUGCAGAAGGCCAAAGAUUAAUGCAAGAAAGAGAGGUUCCGGAAUAUCUUAACCAUGUAAGUAGACGUUUGGAGGAGGAAGGAGACCGAGUGAUCACAUACUUAGACCACAGCACACAGAAACCGCUGAUAGCCUGUGUGGAGAAACAGCUGCUGGGGGAGCACCUAACGGCCAUCCUGCAGAAAGGGCUGGACCACCUGCUUGACGAGAACAGAGUGCCCGACCUCACCCAGAUGUACCAGCUGUUCAGCCGCGUGCGGGGCGGCCAGCAGGUGCUGCUGCAGCACUGGAGCGACUACAUCAAGACUUUUGGGACAACAAUUGUUAUCAAUCCCGAAAAAGAUAAAGACAUGGUGCAGGACCUCCUGGACUUCAAGGACAGAGUGGACCACGUGAUAGACGUGUGCUUCCAGAGGAACGAGAAGUUCAUCAGCCUGAUGAAGGAGUCCUUCGAGGCGUUUAUCAACAAGAGGCCAAACAAGCCUGCAGAGCUGAUCGCAAAGCAUGUUGACUCAAAACUGAGAGCGGGUAACAAGGAGGCCACAGACGAGGAGCUGGAGAGGAUCCUGGACAAGAUCAUGAUCAUCUUCAGGUUCAUUCACGGUAAAGAUGUCUUUGAAGCAUUUUAUAAGAAAGAUUUGGCGAAAAGACUCCUUGUUGGAAAAAGUGCCUCCGUCGAUGCUGAAAAAUCUAUGCUGUCGAAACUAAAGCACGAGUGCGGGGCCGCCUUCACCAGCAAGCUGGAGGGCAUGUUCAAGGACAUGGAACUCUCCAAGGACAUCAUGGUUCACUUCAAGCAGUACAUGCAGAAUCAGAGCGAGCCGGGCUCCAUGGAGCUGACAGUUAACAUCCUCACGAUGGGGUACUGGCCGACCUACACACCCAUGGACGUGCACCUGACUCCCGAGAUGGUUAAACUUCAAGAAGUGUUCAAGGCAUUUUACCUUGGGAAGCACAGUGGUCGCAAACUUCAGUGGCAAACUACGUUGGGGCACGCUGUGUUAAAAGCAGAGUUUAAAGAAGGGAAGAAGGAGUUCCAGGUGUCACUCUUCCAGACACUGGUGCUUCUCAUGUUCAACGAGGGGGACGGAUUCAGCUUUGAAGACAUCAAAGUGGCCACGGGCAUAGAGGACGGUGAGCUGCGGAGGACGCUGCAGUCCCUGGCCUGUGGCAAAGCACGAGUGCUGAUCAAAAGUCCCAAAGGGAAGGAGGUGGAAGACGGAGACAGGUUCAUUUUUAAUGGAGAUUUCAAGCACAAGUUGUUUCGCAUAAAGAUCAACCAGAUUCAGAUGAAGGAAACCGUGGAGGAGCAGGUCAGCACCACGGAGCGGGUGUUCCAGGACCGGCAGUACCAGGUCGACGCAGCCAUCGUCAGGAUAAUGAAGAUGAGAAAGACUCUGGGGCACAAUCUCCUGGUUUCUGAACUGUACAAUCAGCUGAAAUUCCCUGUGAAGCCUGGAGAUUUGAAAAAGAGAAUUGAAUCUCUCAUAGACAGAGACUACAUGGAGAGAGACAAAGACAGCCCGAACCAGUACCACUACGUGGCCUGAGGCUCACGGCUGUCUCCUCCGUGAGACACUGGAAUGUAUCUUCAGGGCAGAAAUGCUGUUUCCGGACUUUCUGGGGCUGAGCAGCAGGGAUGCUUUGGACUGGAGGAGAGGGCGGCUCCUGGGGGCCUCACGGGCUUGAGGGUUUGCAGACGGCACGGCCACCUUCCCCUCCACUUCCUCCUCUUGUUCUUUUAGGUGUUAAGCAGAGUGACUGAGGUUGGACAAGACGUUGGUUAAAAGGGCUCCUUUGUACGGUGGUGUUCUUAUGGCAAAAAGCUGAAAGUCUGGUGUGUUUUUGUGUGUGAUCAUGAAUGCACAGUUUACAGACUCUCCCCGCUGCGUCCUUUAGCCGCACAGAUGACAAGUCCCUGCAGACGUGCUGUCUUAGCUUGUCAGCACUCAGACUGAAGACGAGACCCCGGCUGGUGAACGUUAGGAAGCAGCAGCCGGCAUUAAAAACCGGCUGACCGAUUAUGCAGCCUAAAACUAGCGUCUGUCUGUUUCACUUACUUUCACAAAGUUUUCUCUUGGACACCUGGUUUUGCAUGACGAGGUUCCUCAGUGAGAUCUCUGAAGUGCCGAGGGGACCCUGGCAGCGGCUGCUUCCCGCUGCGUUACUUGUGGGUUUUCUGUUGCGGGCUUGGGGGCAGGGAGUCUGUUUGCCGUUCUAAGAUUGGGUCUGGCAGACCCUGUUUUUUGCAUUGGGGUAACUGCUGCUUGAUUGUUCUCUAAUCGCAGUAUUUGUAUGAUUGCGGCAAUAAAGUUUGGUUUCGCUGUCACCGUCCCGGCAGGGUGGGGGCUCCUCCCUGCUGGAGCCGCUGUGAACAGUCAGUCCCCUGAUGUUGUGAAGCAGGGCUGCUUCUGUCGGGAGGCCGAGAGGGCUCUUGGCCCCUGGCUUCCUGUUGUGUGUGCACAGGUGAGGCUGGGCAAUGGCGUGAUUGCGUGGCAACUGUAACAAAGAACUUUUGUGAUAACAUUUAAAGUACUUUAUAUUUUACAGAAGAGCAUGUUUCAUUUUGAUUAAAAGCUACCAAAGGAAUUUUGAUCAUGGUGUAAGUGUUGAAAGCAAUAUUUUCUGGAAUAUACCAAGUUUAUAUAAUUUGAUUUUUGUGCUAAAUUAUUAAAAGGUUCUCCCUUUUUGAAA